ACCAGUAAAUAAGAUGAGAAAGAGACUAUUCUCUUAAGACCAAAGACAGCAAGAGAGAGAGAGAGAGAGAAGAGCUGAGGUGUUAUCUACAGCUAUCAUAUGGUUUAUAUGGGCUUUUGGUUUUAUCUUCAAAGAAAUGAAAUCAAACAAACGAGAAACCAGAUCAUCACCAGUUGGAAGCUCUUGCUUAUUGCAUUAGUAUAUAGUUUCUUUUUCAGGCUUUAAAUACUUUUGGUUCGAUUCAAGUUUUCGUUUAUGGCUUUUUCUUGUCUUUUGGCAGAAGGAUAUAUAUAAGGCCAGCCACUCUCUCUUUAAAGAAUUUGGGUACCCUCCAAAAGAAUUUAUGUUCGUUUCUUGGCUUUUGCUACUCCAAAACCAUUGUUUUCUUCCUUGUACUGUCUGAAACCUUUGAAACUUCGCUGUUUGCUUCUGCUCACUGCUUUGCUUUGCUAGCUACCCCUUCCAAUACUGCUUAAACCUUCACUUUUAUUUUAAUAUGCAAAUGAUGCCCGGUGAUCCCUUUUCCUUAUCCACUUCCAUUGGAGGCUUCACUCAAGAACAAAACACAAACCCUAACCCUAAACCUAACCCCCCUCCCAAGAAGAAGAGAAAUCUUCCAGGAACGCCAGAUCCAGAUGCCGAGGUCAUUGCUCUUUCUCCAAAGACUCUCAUGGCCACGAACCGAUUCAUAUGCGAAAUAUGCAACAAAGGGUUCCAGAGAGACCAAAACCUUCAGCUUCACCGAAGGGGUCACAAUCUUCCAUGGAAGCUACGACAGAGAUCCAACAAAGAGGUAAGGAAGAAGGUUUAUAUCUGUCCUGAAAAAACCUGCGUCCACCAUGACCCAGCAAGGGCACUCGGUGACCUCACGGGCAUCAAAAAGCACUUCAGCAGAAAGCACGGCGAGAAGAAGUGGAAGUGUGAAAAGUGUUCCAAGAAAUACGCAGUCCAAUCCGAUUGGAAAGCUCACACCAAAACCUGUGGCACCAGGGAAUACAAAUGUGACUGUGGCACCCUCUUCUCCAGAAAGGACAGCUUCAUUACGCAUAGAGCAUUUUGCGAUGCCUUGGCUGAAGAGAGUGCAAGGCUCACCUCAGUUGCUACCACAAAUCUAAAUUUCAAGAGUGAAGAAGGGUCGCAGCAUGGUUUGGGGCAUGGACUAAUUGGAGCGCAGGGUCUUCAAAAUGUAGUUGGGAUUCCACAGUUUGGUCCACAUGGUUUCCGUUUGGAUUUUAAUGGAAUGAGUGCAGAACAACAAAGGCCAAGCUUAUCGCUGUGGUUGAAUCAGGGAAAUCCACAUAUGAAUACUGGUAAUAAUACUAAUCCUUCUGAUGUGGGGCCCAAUUACAUGUCCUCAUGCUCUUCUUCAGGUUUGCCUGAGAUUGUGCAAAUGGCUCAGGCUAAUGCCUUGAUGGGUUCUUCAUCAAUAGUGUCUAAUUUUGGAGUGCCUGCUGCUUCUAAUUCGACUAGUGCAAACCUUUCCCUUUCUUCACUUCCUAUUGGGAAAAGAGGAGAAGCAGGUGGAACUGUAGUGGACUUGGCAUCUAUUUAUUCUGAGGGUCAAAACAAGCAAUCAAAGCCUGCUUCACCCAUGUCAGCAACUGCUCUUCUUCAGAAAGCAGCGCAGAUGGGUUCCACAAGAAGCACCAACCCUUCCAUCUUCAGUGGUAGUUUUGGAGUGAUGAAUUCGCCUUCUUCACAAACUACCAGUCUCAAUAAUAAUAAUAAUAACGGUAGUGCAGGUGCAGCCAUGAUGCUGGGAAGUAGUACUAGUACUAAUACUAAUGAGUUUAGUUCGCUGACACAUUCAUCAAACGGUUUUGACCAACUUGUGAUGCAAACCAAUGGGCAUUUACAAAGUACCGAGCCAGUGAAAUUGAAGCUUCAUUCAAACGCUGUGGAGCACAAUUUGACUAGGGAUUUUCUUGGCGUGAGUGGAGGAGGUGCUGCCGCUCAGUUCCUACCCCAAGAACUAGCGAAGUUUGCUUCCAUUGGCUCACCAAUGGGAUUGAGCCAAUUCACAAGCAAUCAAUGAACGAACUCGUUUGGUUUCUGAGACAACCCCGUUUAGCGUGAUGGCCCUUCAUAUGUAAGAUUACAUGAAAAUAUCAAACUUGAAGGUUUGAAGUUCAUGAAAUGAAACAUCAUGUGUUGGGGGGAAAAUGAGUUAAGAGAGUAUGUAUCUCUUGUGAGAGAUAGUUCAUGUUGUUAGAGGUUCGAUGGGCCCCACUGCAUGUCUUUGGUGAACGAGAGGAAUAUCGAACACCCCGAGUCAUGCAUGUUCUCUCAAUUGUUAUUGUUGUUUUAUCUUCUGUCUUAACCAUGUUAUCCUUUUUGGCUUCUCUUCCUUGAGAGAAUUGAAGGUAUAAAAUAAUGAAAGGAAUUCUUAGUGAAAUGCU